AUGUCAUCGAAACAAAUUGCGAGCCCGCAAGUGAACCUAACGCCGCGCUCAGCGGAUGAAUCAUGGGACAAACAUAUUGAUGCUGUGCUCUCGGAGCUGCGACGAAUUUAUUUUGAGCGUGUUCGUCCUGUUGAGACGAAGUUUCAGUACGACGUGUUUCGACCCUCGUGGUUUGCCGAGUCAAUUGUACAAAAGAGGCCGUUUGUAACUUUCCUGGGACCCUUUUCAUCAGGCAAGUCCACCUUUAUCAACUAUUUGUUACAAACCAACUAUCUCUUGACGGGACCCCAGCCACUCACCGACAAGUUUACUGUUAUCAUGCAUGGUGAUGAGUUUCAGCAGAUCCCUGGACGUGUACUUAUGGCGGAUAGUUCCCAACCUUUUCGUGGGCUCAGUCAAUUUGGCGAAACAUUUGCGGAAGUCUUUCAAGGGUUAAUUGUGCCGCACCCCCUUUUGCAGUCCGUGUCACUUAUCGAUUCCCCUGGCGUUCUCGAGGCGGCGGGCGAUAUCCAUUCACGGCGGUAUGACUAUGUUAAAGUGUGCCGAUGGUUUGUAGAAAAAAGUGAUCUUGUGUUUUUUCUCUUUGACCCGACGAAGUUAGACGCCGGGACGGAGCUUCGCAUGGUGUUUAAGCAUGCCCUGCGGGGUCAUGAAAGUAAAAUUCGCAUUGUCUUAAAUAAAGCCGAUUCCGUUGGGCCACAAGAACUAUUGCGUGUGUACGGUGCUCUUUUUUGGAAUCUUUCGGGUCUUAUCAGUACGACGGAACCACCACGUGUUUACAUCUCAAGUUUUUGGGACCAACCAUAUCAAAAAGACACCGAUCACAGUCUUUUCACGGAUGAAAAGUCCGAUCUUCUCUAUGAUCUUACGGAAUUAGUACCGCUACAAUCCCUGGAUCAGCGGGUGAGUUCAGUGAUGCUGCGAGCUAAACAUGUUCUGAUCUUUGCACUUGUGUGUGCCAGUUUCAAGUCACGAAUGCCUUGGCUUUUUGGAAAGGAAAAGGCCCGUGCGGAGUUCUUUGCGCAGCUGCCGCAAAUUUCAGAGGAUCUUGCGAAUACGUUCCGUCUUGGCCUCACGGACUUCCCUACGCGUGAAGAGAUGGCGGAUUUCUUGUCAAGGGUUCAAACCGACGACUUCUACGGUAUGGAUCACCUACGAAAGAAGGGGUGGCCACAACUGUUAAAGCGGACGAUUGAGGAGGAUCUUCCCGCGCUUCUCAACCCAAUUAAACACACGGAGGUGGUGGAUCCGCGCGAUCGCAAGCAUGCCAUUAUGAUGCAACGCAAUUACAUCAAGCAAAUGUCGAACCAGUUGGCCGGCCAGCGUGGGAUACAAGGGGGUCUGGGACAGCAGCAGGCACCGGGACACCGCGUUCAAACAAUGCCAAAUGCUGCUUCAUUGAACACGGGACUUAAUUUCCCCACGCAACAGACACAACAAAGUUUUCCUUCUCAAAUGCCGGCGGAUCAAAUGUCAAUGAUGAUGCAGAUGAUGCAAAACAUGAUGUUGCAGUCGCAGCAGCAGCAGCAGCCACAAUUGCUCCAGCUAGAACAAGCACCCACACAACAGUUAACACCAGAUCAAAUGUCAAUGAUGAUGCAGAUGAUGCAGAACAUGGCAUCCAAUAAUUCUUCUUAG